AUGUCCACGGCAAUAUGGGACCCCGCAAACCUGCUCCAGAUCAGCUACGAGACUCACCUCCCCAAUGCGCCCAUCUUCUGCGUCGGUGAAUCAAAGAGUAAACUGGACAAGCCCCGCUGUAGAUACACGAUCCCCGAGCCGGACUACUCCAGGAUCCGCACCACUCUCCUCCAUCUAGCCUCAAAGGAUCCUGGAGACGUGGAGCGCGAAGCCCUGCACACGCUCGCUUUCCUCUGCCUGUGCGAUGGCUACCACAAACCCCAAGCAAAAGACGUGACAGACCGCUGGGUCAGCAUCGUCGGGAGGGCGGCCGCGCAACAACAGCGCAAGGGCCAUUCACGAGGCUCCUCGAGCACUUCCAUGUCUGACUGGUGGGACCCCUCGGCUGAGCUGCUUCCAAGACCCAGCAAUUCUCAGCAGGGGCGCGGUCAGAUGGCGGGGCCGACCAAGAAGUUGGAAGAGGAGUUGGCCGCGGCCACGGCGGAGCUCAAUGAGUCCAAGUUGAAGGCAGACCAGGAGAUUGAAUCGCUGCGAGUGGAAUUGGGUUCAUUACAGAACUUGCUGGCGAAAGCAAAGGAGAGAGAGUUGGAGUCAAGUACUGGAGCAUCCACCAUAAAAGGGGAAAGAGACAAACUCGUGGAAGAAAUGCAGAAGCUACGCAAUGAGCUACUGGAAGCGAACGAGGAGGGGCAGCGGAUGGAGACCGACAGAUCCCAUCUGAAGGAGGAGAACAUUGCGUUCAGCGAAGAGCUCAAUCUAUUGCGCGGAGACUUGGUCGUUGCAACUGAGCGGACGCAGCAUCUAGAGACUGAGUGUUCUCGCAUCAAUGAGGAAAUGAGCGCUGUGAGAACAGAAGCGACUGAGCUUGGCAAGAAGAACUCGGCGAUACUCAAUGCCAUUAGGGCGAUGGAGGCCGAAAGGGACGCCGCGAGGGAUGACCAUCGGAAGGUCGCAAUUGAGCUUGCAGAACAAAACCGCUCUUACAUGGCGCUGCAGCACGAAUUCCAGAGUUUACAGCUGGUCAAAGCCAGUCAUCAGCAGAGCAAUGCGGUAAGCUGGCAUCGCCGCUUAUUGGCUUGGGUUUCCAAGUUUCGCAUGCACGCAGUCCUCAUACUCUCCCUUUCAAUUGUCGAGCUCGGUCGUCGGGAGAUGGCUAGAUGA